GCGCAUGCGCGGAGAGAGAAAAGAAGCGGCAGAGAGUAAAGUCCAACCCGGAAGUGGCGAGUGAGUCCUUUGGAGCAGCUAUGGCGGCCUCCCCGGCAGGGCCGGUGGCGCGGCUGAGGCACUUAUGCUCCCGGUACCAGGACUACGUGAAGCGGCACCCGGCGGCCACGGCCCAGCUGGAGAGUGCCGUGCGAGGACUCUCUUACCUGCUUCCAGGUCGGUUUUCGGACUCUCAUGAAUUGUCUGAACUUGUAUAUUCUGCCUCCAAUUUGCUGGUGCUGCUGAAUGAUUGGAUUCUUCGAAAAGAGCUGCAGAAGUCCCUUCCAGUGUCAUUUCCUCAGCAGAAACUGCUCACCUGGCUGAGCGUUCUCGAGUGCUUGGAGGUUUUUGCUGAGAUGGGAGCUGCAAAGGUGUGGGGUGAGACCGGUCGGUGGGCUAUCAUUGUCCUCAUCCAGCUAGCCAAAGCCAUCUUGCGCCUAUUGCUAUUGCUCUGGUACAAAACCGGCAUCCAGACAUCUCCACCCAUUGUGCCAAUAGACAGAAGACAGCCAUUGCAACACAAAGACAUGGAGGGCAGCUCAACAGGAAAGCAACAGAUCUUCGUGGGGAAGCGCUCCAGCCGUGUUGUGAGGUCCCUUGACAGUACACCAUCCUUGCACUCCAGACACUGGGGUGCACCUCAGCAACGAGAAGAGAAGCAGAACCGAAGUGCAGUGGAGACAGAUCAGCCACCAACUCCUUUGGGCAUCCAGGAAACGGUUGCUGAGUCCAUCAACAUCACCCGUCCGUUGGUCCACUUGAUGAGUUUAGGGGUCUGGGGACAGAAGUCUUGGAAACCUUGGCUCCUAUCUGGAGUCUUGGAUAUUGCAAGCUUGAGUUUAUUGAGUGACAUGAAAGACCUCAACAAGCGUGAACGUGUAGAGCUUAGACGCCGGACAGUCCUGCUGCUGUACUACUUACUGCGAUCACCCUUUUACGACAGAUACUCUGAGGGCAGAAUCCUCUUCCUGCUGCGGCUGUUGGCAGAUUAUGUCCCUGGAGUUGGCUUACUCACUCGUCCACUGAUGGAUUACUUGCCAGCCUGGCAGAAAAUUUAUUUCUACAACUGGGGUUGAUUUGGUCCUACUUGUGUUAUUGCAGACAGAGACUGUUCAUGUUAAGAAGCAGCAGCUUGAGAUAUCAGGAUGCCUUUAUACUGAGGAAAAGGAGCCCUAAGACUUCAAGAUAAUAUCCUAUAUAUGUCUUUCUCUCGCUUAUGCUAACUGAUUUCUGAACGAAGAGGAAGGGCUCUUCCAACUUUAUUUAAAGUGUCUUCCUGUGAACUAUGAACACUACAGAGACUGCAGCAUAAAUUUACCUUUGCUAUUUCUCUUUUCCAUUCUAAUAUAUCUGGCUUUAAAGCUGGUGUCGGGGGAAGGACCCUUUUUUGUAUACAUUUUGUAUGACUGUGAAUGAAUAAAGCCGGGAAACUGUCAUGCUCUUA